AAUUCCUCUCUAAUGAAAACUAUGAAAUUAUGUCGCUUGCAUUGAAAAGUUAACCAUAGUCGUUAUAUUGUGAAUUUGUAAAAUGUAUACAGCUGUACAAGUGUAGUUCUUGUGUGAAAAUUUAUUUGAUUCAAAGAGAAAAGUUGUUAUCUUUCAUUUAAAUUUUCAAUGGCCCAUGAUAAAAAAACUGUAAGACGAAGUCGAUCACGUGAACGAGAUCGCGAACGUGAAAGAGAGCGAGAACGUCGAGAUAGAAGACGUUCAAGAAGUAGAUCAAAGGAUCGAAAGAAAGAUAGGAAACGUUCAAGAUCGCGUGAAAGAUCAAGGGAAAGGGAUAGAUCACGCGAAAAAGAUAGGGAUAGAUCAAGGGAAAGGCGAGAAUUUAAAGACAAAUCAAAGGAUGACAAAAAGCGUAAACCAAGUCCUAUAUUUGUCAUAGAAGACGAAAGUAAGAAAGAGAACAAAACUGAACCAAAGAAAGAGGAGGAGGAAACUGAUGAAAAACCAAAGUCUCCUCCAAAGAAAGAACCAUUAAGUUUAGAAGAAUUAUUAGCUAAGAAAAAGGCAGAAGAAGAAGCACGUGCUAAACCAAAGUUUCUAACUAAAGAAGAACGUGCUGCUCUAGCAUUACAAAAACGACAAGAAGAAGUUGAAGCAAUAAGAAAACAACAGGAGGAUAUACGCAAAUCUUUUCAUAGCGAAAAUGUUGGGAAAGAUAGGGAGUGGGAUGAGAGAGACAGACGUAGAGAUGGUCAGCGUACAAGAGAGGAUGAAAUUAAAGACAAGGAUAAAGAGAAAGAAGUAGAAGCUAUUAAGGAACGUUAUUUAGGAUUAGUGAAGAAAAAACGACGUGUUAGAAGAUUAAAUGACAGAAAAUUUGUAUUUGACUGGGAUACCUCAGAAGACACAUCUGUUGACUAUAAUAGUAUAUACAAGGAAAGGCAUCAGGUACAAUUUUUUGGUAGAGGGAAUCUUGCUGGAAUAGAUAUUAAAGCACAAAAACGAGAUCAAAGUAAAUUCUAUGGAGAAUUACUAGAAAAACGAAGAACAGAAGCUGAAAAGGAACAGGAAAAAAUGCGAUUAAAGAAAGUGAAGAGAAAAGAAGAGAAGCAAAAGUGGGAUGACAGACAUUGGUCAGAGAAAGCUCUUCAUGAAAUGACAGAAAGAGAUUGGCGUAUAUUCAGAGAGGAUUAUAAUAUUACAAUAAAAGGAGGACGUAUACCUGAUCCAAUUAGAUCAUGGAAAGAAUCAGGAUUUCCAAAAGAAAUUCUUGAUAUCAUUGAUAAAGUGGGAUAUAAAGAUUUAACACCUAUACAGAGACAAGCUAUUCCCAUAGGACUUCAGAAUCGUGAUAUUAUUGGGGUUGCUGAAACUGGAUCUGGAAAAACGCUAGCAUUUUUAAUUCCAUUACUGUUAUGGAUUACUAGUUUACCAAAAAUUGAAAGAUUAGAAGAAGCAGAUCAAGGUCCUUACAGUAUAAUUUUAGCACCAACUCGUGAGCUGGCUCAACAAAUUGAAGAAGAGACUAAUAAAUUUGGACAACCAUUGGGUAUAAGAACAGUUGUAGUUGUAGGUGGUCUCUCAAGAGAAGAACAAGGAUUCAGAUUGAGAAUGGGAUGCGAGAUUGUUAUAGCCACACCAGGACGAUUAAUUGAUGUAUUAGAAAACCGAUACUUAGUUUUAAAUCAGUGUACUUAUAUUGUAUUGGAUGAAGCUGAUAGAAUGAUAGAUAUGGGUUUUGAGCCAGAUGUCCAAAAAAUUCUGGAAUAUAUGCCAGUUACAAAUCUAAAACCAGACAACGAGGACGCUGAAAAUGAAGAAAAACUUUUAGCUAAUUACAAUACAAAGAAAAAAUAUAGACAAACUGUUAUGUUUACAGCAACAAUGCCACCUGCAGUGGAACGAUUAGCUAGAACGUAUUUAAGGCGACCUGCUGUUGUAUACAUCGGCAGCGUAGGAAAACCGACAGAAAGAACAGAACAAAUUGUACAUAUAAUGGGUGAAGCUGAUAAGCGUAAGAAAUUAAUGGAAAUACUUAGCAGAGGAGUUGAACCACCAGUCAUCAUAUUCGUUAAUCAAAAGAAGGGAGCUGAUGUUCUUGCAAGAGGUUUAGAGAAACUGGGCUAUAAUGCUUGCACUCUUCAUGGUGGUAAAGGACAAGAACAAAGAGAGUAUGCACUUGCUUCUCUGAAAAGUGGUAGUAAAGAUAUUUUGGUUGCCACUGAUGUGGCAGGCCGUGGUAUUGAUAUUAAAGAUGUGUCUAUGGUCAUUAAUUACGAUAUGGCUAAGACUAUAGAAGACUACACGCAUCGUAUUGGUAGAACUGGACGUGCUGGAAAAGCUGGUCUUGCCAUUUCAUUCUGUACCAAAGACGAUAGUCAUCUGUUCUAUGAUCUGAAGCAAACUAUUCUUGCAAGUCCUAUAUCUACUUGUCCACCUGAAUUACUAAAUCAUCCAGAUGCUCAACAUAAACCUGGAACAGUGGUUACAAAAAAACGUCGGGAAGAGAAAAUAUUUGCCUAAAAAGAUAACAAAUUUAUUUUCAAGGAAGCGGGGCAGAUGGAGGAGUAUAGUCUCCAUCGACUUUACACUCUUCAUCCCAAUUAUCUGGAAUCAUUGGUUUUAAAAUCUGUACUAACUUUUCAAGAGGACAUACUGUUGUACAUCCAGGAACAUUCAGAAGAUAUGGUUUAUGUUCAGUGCUAUUUUUUAAAAACAUCUAAAAAGGAUAGAAUGUAAACCAAUAAUAAAAAUGACUUUUACAUUUAA